AUGCCCGCUCUCUCGUCCGUCCUGGCCUGUGCGAUGCCAUCUUCUUCGCCAGUCGAAGCCCCCGUACCGCCUGGGGGUCACUGCGGGUCUGCCCCACCAGACUUGUCGGACCAUCAGUCCAAUCCCCUCUACCUCCCCCGCUUCAUCCUCUUCAAGCCGGAUCUAGCCCCUUUGAUUGAUGCGACGGUGCAAGAGAAGGUGCGCAAGGCGGAGGAGAAGAAGAUCGCUGCGGGCGAGACGGUCGACGUCGUCUCGGAAGGGACGGCGAGCCAGUUUGCCAGGUUGCUCGACGACUUCGCCAUGCCCCUUCCCUUCUACAUCGAGUCGUCAGUCGACCAGGCGAUGCAAUUCCUCUUGCGCGCGGUCAUCGCUCUCGUCAACCCUCUCUACGCUCUCUUCGACCUUCCUUCGCCGCCGCGACACUUUGUUCAGCCCAAGCUCUUGCUUCCGCCUACCGACAGUCACGGCAAGCAGCACAACCUCAAACUCGAGAUCGACUUGUCCAUUCAGCGCUUCGUUGCGGCCACCGCCGACACGGGCCUUCACACGACUGCUCCUCAGCCUGCGCAGAGCUGGCGUCAUCGCUUCCUCUCCUGCUUGACGAUCAGGACGCCCGAUGCUUCGCGUCCUGCGACAGCCGCGCGAACCGCCAGCGGAGCCGGCGAGGAGGGAAUCUACCGCCAGCUGAUUCGCUGCAUGCGACAGUCUCCUUGUCUCUCCCCUCAGCAAGUCAACUCACAAGUAACUGACUUCGCGGCCAGCUCAUGCUUGCUUCAGGCGAUACAAGGAGCGCGACUCGCCGGCGUGACUUCAUUCGUACUUGUGGACGGUCUCUCGUUCGUGAUCGGCGAGCUGGUUGAUCUCGAAUCAGGCGGGUUUGACGUCUUCCUUUCGGGCCUUCAUCCUAUCGCAUCCACCGAUCCGACGCAGCCGAGCCUACUCCGCAUACUGCUUCGCUCAAUCCUUCCAGAACAGCUUGGGGUUGCCUCGCUGCAUGGCGACGACUUGGCAGGCGCCGCGUUCGACGAGGAUCGACAAGCUCUUCUGGUUGAGGCGGUCGGGGAGGAUCGCAACCUGUCGUCCAGCUCAAGCGAGGGGGACGUGUCUAUCGCGAGGAAGGCCGGUGUGCCGGAUCAUCAGGACUUGCAGUCAGCUCGCUCUGAACGAUGGUUGCUCACCUGCACAUACCCCGACGGAGUCUCUUUGGUCGGCCGGUCUCUUAGCGCUGUUUCGACAACUUCGUCUGCUGAGUCCACCACAUCUUGCGAUUCACGACCUGCCACGCCUGCCGCAACCUCUCCAUUCUCCGUCUCUCCAGACUACUACAACUCGCCCAUCGCUCUCGUCUCGCUUGUAGGCCGAGGCGCUGUGGGACACGUUUAUCGCGGAACGGACAGCGUAGGAAAUGCGGUUGCGGUCAAGAUCGCUCGACCCGGGAUGGAGGACUACCUUCGAGAUGAAGCUCUUCUCGGUCGCGACCUCCGCGCCUACAACGAGGACGUUCUCACGUUCGAAGGAUUAUUUGAACGACACGACGGACGCUUGUUCGCGGUGAUGCAGGACGGAGGUGAAGCGCCCGAAGAUUGGAGGGAGGUUUCGUUGGAGACCCGGCUGUCGCUGUUCGUCUCCCUCCUGCGACUCCACCAGAAAGCCGGCAUCCUUCACGGCGAGAUCGCACCUCGGAACUGCGUCCUUGCUCCGCCUUUCGCCCGCCUCUUCACGUGUCUACGCUCGCUGGAUAGACCUCUCAAAGGCGACGACUGGUCAUAA